CGCUGGCUGGAGGAAAACAGCAGAGGAGCGAAACAUGGCGACUUCGAACAAUCCGCGGAAAUUCAGCGAGAAAAUCGCUUUACAUAAUCAGAAACAGGCGGAGGAGACUGCGGCGUUUGAAGAAGUCAUGAAGGACCUGAGCAUCACCCGGGCAGCAAGGCUGCAGCUGCAGAAGACUCAAUACUUGCAGCUGGGUCCAAACCGUGGGCAGUACUAUGGAGGGUCCUUGCCAAACGUCAAUCAAAUCAGUAACCACACCGUGGAUUUGACUUUUCAGAAUUCAGACACAAACAGAUCGACGCGGCACCAUGGCUUGGUGGACAGAGUCUACAGAGAUCGGAACCGCAUGACGUCUCCUCACCGCAAACCUCUCUCUGUUGACAAACACGGGCGUCAGAUCGACAGUUGUCCAUAUGGUGCUGUGUAUCUGUCGCCACCACCUGACACCAGCUGGAGGAGGACCAACUCUGACUCUGCUAUACACCAGAGCACGCUCACUCCAGUUCAGCAGAGCGCCUUCACCGGAGGAUCGGAGGAUUUGCAGCCAAAAAGAGUUCUUCUUCUGACUGUUCCGGGAUCCAAUCCGAUCAAACAAGAGACUGAAGAUGACGGCAAAAAGAGUCUUUCAGGGUCCGAAGUGCCAGGAAUUCACAUAUUUCCUUCUCCAGAUCAGCACUUGACCACUUCACAAAAAGCAGCAGCCCACAACGCUGGCGGCUCUCUGCCUGACCUGACCAACAUCCAAUUCCCUCCUCCACUGCCCACUCCGCUCGACUCGGAUGAUGCAGCAGUCGCCUCCUUCAACUCCUCCACCAACUCACAGACGAACGUACAAGGAGUUACCAACUCUCAGCCAGUGGUCACCAUGGAAACGCAGUCUGGGCAGGACAACAUGGUUCCUCUCAUUCUUAAUGCAGGAGACACCCACCAGCAUCAGAGCGUGCAGAUCUCGCCCACGUCUCCACCUCUCACUCUUUCUCAGGCGGCCAUUAAUGCCAUGAACCUGGAGCAGCAGCUGUCCCAGUACGCCUUCUUCAAUCAGCAGCCAUCCUCUCAAAGCCAACCUACAGCUCUGGUUCAGCUGCCAACCACUGGGACCUCAAGUUCAUCGACAGACAACCAGACGUCCUCACAAACCACCAUGACCAUUGACAUGAGCACGGGCUGCCCCCUCCAUCAGUACCGCAGUAGGGUCGGCUCCUCUGCAAAUCAGUCUCCAACCUCCCCUGUCUCCAACCACGGCUUCUCACCUGGAGGUUCACCUCAACAUAAUUCUAUUCUAGGCAGUGUGUUUGCAGACUUUUACGACCAGCAGCUACCUUCCCUCCAGGCCAGCGCUCUCUCGCAGCAGUUGGAACAUUUCAAUAUGAUGGAGACACCCGUCAGCUCCGACAGCCUUUUCAACCAGACCUCCACCCUCAACUACUCCCAAGCGCUGAUGCUGGGAUUGACAGGCGGACAUUGCAACACGCAAGACUCCCAGCAGCUGGAUUACAGUAACCAUGGCAACAUCCCUAAUAUCAUCCUCACAGUGAGUGGAGAGUCUCCCCCCAGCCUGUCCAAAGACCUGGCCGGCUCCUUGUCCUCAGACAUCUGCUUUGACAUUGACUCCCAGUUUCCCCUGGAUGAUCUAAACCCACUGACACUCGACGGCCUGCACAUGCUCAAUGACCCAGACAUGGUCCUCGCUGACCCGGCAACGGAGGACGCCUUCCGCCUCGACCGGCUGUGAGACCGCAGGUAUGAGAGGGAUGGAGUCCAGCAGGAGUCACUUCACAUGGACUGUUGCAGUCUGGAGUUUUGUACUGGUCAUCAGUUCAUUUUUUUAAAUAUUGAUUCUUAGCUUUUAUAUCAAUUGAUGCUCCUUAAAUAUGUGUACAAAAAGGUGCAGAGAAAAAAAUAGCACUUAACAGUAACAUUUAUAUACAUACAGGUAUAUAUAAAAUAGUCUCAGAAAAGAGCACAAAUCUCAUUGAUUUUGUUUUCAGUCUAAAUUACUACUAGAUUAUAACGUGCUAUUAUAGGUCAUAACAAGGUAGUUAGUGAGACUUCAGACAGAGCUGGGCUUGGAACUUUGACUCUUGUUUUAAAACCAGAAAACAGAGCUGAGACAGAAGUCAAUACUUUUUGUUCACAUGACUUAUAUCAAGCAGUUUGUCUUCAAACUCAGGCUCUCAUGUUCUCCUUUGAACACCAAUGAAUUUCAUUGAGGUUUUGGUUCAUAUAUGUCUUGAUUCUUAGACGCUGUGGAAGUUCUUUACCAAACGGCUAUAAGUACAUUAGCAGGGAGGAUCAUGCCUCGUACCUAUCACAGGAAUGCAUUUGCAUCUGUACUAGUUUUGUGGUAGAGACUUGAUCAGUUUUCUACAGCUAGUUCAAAAGAGCUAUUUAUCUUUUCAACAUGCUUCUACCGGGUUCUUUUCUUUUCCUACUUGUGAAAGCCAAUGGCCUUCAAAAACCCAGGACUCUUGUGGUGGCUGAAUCAUGCUAAGUUUGAAAUGUAAUAUGGGUGAAUGUGACUCGAUAACAUCCUGAAAAUAGAAACCAUUAUAUUUAUGGUGUUUUAUUCUAACAAUAACACCAUAACGAUCAUGACAUCACGAAAGUUAAUGGUAGGACCAUAUUGAAAAAAUAAAAAUAACACAAAAAAUGAAAAUUUUGGGUUGCAUUUAUGUCAUUUUGGAAAUUUAUUACAUUCACGAGAAAUGUAUCUUUGGCUUUGUAUGUACUGUACUGUAUUUUUGUGCUUUGUUUUUUCGAUAUAUAUAUAUAUAUAUAUAUUUGGAAAAGACAUAGUGGAAAAACAGCAUGAAAAACAGAAGAAAAUUACAUUAUACAUUACAUUAUAAAUUAUACAAUAAAUUACUAGAUUUUACCUCGACGUCUUCAAGGUCAACCAUUUUAAUGCACUACAUGUUUUUUAAUUUAUUCAUUUCAGGCAUGAAAACCCCAAACUGAAGUCCAUUGGUGUCCACAGUAACCUUCAGUCGUACUGUGAUAGUCAUAAUCCCAAGUGUUUCUCCCUGCAUGAGUCAAGCAGGAACUUCUGCGAGUGUAGACCGUGUCCCAAACUCUGUAAAUACCAAACCAGGUUCAACAAAAUAACAGAUCCAAUUGAUGCAUCCAUAUAGAGAAUCACUGUGCGUCCUUGUUUUUGCCUUAAUUGCUCCACUCCUGUCAGGCAAAGGAAACGAUGAUGUAAAUAAGAUUUCAAUAUUUGUACGUUCCACCUCUGAGUUGGAUUUGAUUUUGUGUAUAUUGUUCUCAGAAUGUAGUGGGAUUUUCAGAGGGGUGCUAUGCAGAGACUGACGCAGCAAGAGGAGCAGAAUAUACAGGUUUCUUUUUUAAAGAUAUCCCUUGGUGUUGUUUAGUUUUUGGAUACUUCAUCUGCCUCUAUAUUAGAAUGGCAGUGUUGAUGCAAGGAGAAUGUAUAUCUCGGUCACAUCUGGACUGUGUCAUCGCUACUUUUCGUGGUACUGUAGGACCAAAUAUGUGUUUUUGUCCGUCCCGUCAAAUUCAGUCGUUUGUUGCUUUGCGGCAUUGAAAAAAAAGUCUUUCUCAUAUCUCACAUUGCACUUUAUCCUUUUAUUUAAGAGCGUCUAUAUUAAGAACCACACCUGUGACUGUUAUGUGCGCUGGACCUGGGAACCCUGUCCAAUAAAAGGCCUUCUGUAGAGACGAUUUUUCAAAAGUGCUGAUGACUGCACUGUUGUGUAACAGAGAUUUGAUCUUGAGUGAGCCAAAAGAAGAUUUGAGGAUUAAUUCAUCUUUUUAUUACACUCUCAUCAACACUCGUACAAAGUGGUUUCGUCGUUGUAUAACAGCAUUUUUCCCCCCGCCUCACUCAGAAUGUUGUGAUAAACGACUUGUUUUUUUAAUUGCACGAUUGUUUCCCUGGAGCGUGAGAAAUGUUUGUCCGUUCCGUUCUCCUCUUUGGUCUGUUUCAUUUGACGUGUGUGGGCUGUGUAAGUGCUGGGUGAAGGCUGAGGCAGCAUAAAUAUGAUAUGUAGGUUUCUUUUAAGUAGAAGCUGUUUGUUUUUACACCACAAUAUACAGUAUGUGCUUAUCCGUGUGCGACGCCCACACGGCUGUAGUGUGUCACGGUUGAUAUAUAGUCCCGCUUUGUAAAUUGCUGUAAAGUAGAAGACAGUGUUUAUGUGCUUUUACGUAUUAUGAUGUCAAAGAAAGAGAAUGCACUGACAAAAUGCUGUUUCAUUGUGGCUCUAUAUGCGCUGUUUGACAUGUGACAUUGUUGUGAGUCCAACAUUAUUGCCGCCCGGGCCUCGGGUUUAGGACCGGCCCUUUAAAUUUCACACUCUCAGGUUACUAUUUUAUUAAUCUCAUUUGAUAUUUGGACAAAACUAAAGGUGUUGUUAUACAUGUUUUACAAGUCUGAGAUUCUGUGUGUCCCUUGCUACACUUUCAUGAAGGCGGUCCUAAACUUUUGGCCUUGUCUUUCUUAAAAUGAUAUUUAUUAUGUUUUUAGUCCAAAAAAAAAACUGCAGCUUAAGAUCUCAUUUCAGGCCCAACAGGUUAAUUGUCCUCCACUGUUGUAGAAUACACUUAAUAUAUUUGUCUAUCAUUUAUUUGUUUGGCCUGAUGAUAAUGCUGGUUGCUUAAAUAUUUAAGAUCGACAAUCUCUAUUCCACCCUAAUACAGUGAUUAAAUAACUUAUUUUAACUUAGAUCUUAACUUAAAUAUUUUUAGAAGAGAUGUACUUAGAUAUGAUAUGUUUUAGACAGUUCCACUAAACACUGACAAAAUAAUAUUAAAUAGUACUGAAUUAGCAUUCUAUAAAACAGCUAAUGUCAUGCCUUUUAUUUUCCUUUCAACCACUUUCCCCAUCGAACAGCGUACUACAGAAAAAAUGACAUUUAGUAUUUAGUAUAAACUACGGCGGAAGCAGCCAUUUUAAAUCUGACAACCGCGUAAACAGUGACACUAAGGUCGUUAAAAAUAUACAUAGCGUAAAUGCUCUUUAUACGUUAGACAGCUGACACCAAGUGGUCGACUCAAGUACUGCACGGACAGUGUGCAGCGCAGUGACCGUUAAGGCCAGGCAGGUGACAUUGUGACGACAUUCGACGCCACAUCUCUGACAGAUAAGAUUCCAUAUCUGAUAAGGUCUUCGUGUCACAGUACCAUAAAUGAAGUGAGCUCAAGGGUUCUUGCUAAUUAUUCGAAAUGUUAUAACACCAAAAUGAAGUCAAUGACAUACACAUUCUGAAAUGAAACAUCAGAUUUCAUUUAGAUUUAACGCUGCGCUGGUGUCGACCACACGCCUGUUAAACAGCCAUUUGGCAUAUGAUUUUUAUUAUCUUAAGGAAUUGUGUUUUUUGGUUUUUGUUUUUUUUGCUGAAUUAUAUUAUGGAAAGAUAAUAUUUUAUGACGUAAUUUAUAAGAUAUCGAACACAUUAAUCGAUUUAUCAGGUGAAACAAAAUCUUGUGGAGCAUUGUCUGUUUUAUUUGUAUUUUAUUUUAGUAUACUUGGGAAAAGUGUCCUGUGCUGUGUUUACUUUAUUUGCCGGUCUGUGUUUGUGUCAUAGACCCACUGUCAAACACUUUUGAGAAAACACUUUUUUUUUUUUGUAUCACAAACGUUUAAAUAUCAAAAGCAGGUGGGUGACCGUUGCGUUCUGAAGAGCCUCAUGGACGCCUCACAUACAAUGGCAGCUAAAUUGUUGUAUACUUUGUUUUACAGUGAUACUAACACUGAAUGUGGAUGUGUUUUAAGAAAAUACAGCAUAUGCAAGAUUUUGCAACAAAGCUUGGCUAGUUUUUUGAACUGACCCUUUAAAAUGACUGGCUUCAUUGUUCUUUAAGAUUAGUUUUGGUUUUUUUUCUACUUUUUGCUGUACAAUAAGAUGAAAUGAACCCAAGUUGGCUGUAAAUGUGAGCAUUAUAAAGACAUACAGCUUCUGUUUUGACUGUAUCUGAUGUAUUUUUCUCGUGUGAAAGCUUUUGUCUUUGAAUCUUUGCUUUAUUUGUACAUGAAUGAAAAUAAAAUAUAUGUGA